AAGACUGCAGCCUGCACCGCCAUGAAUAAGCUUUUCAGCUUCUGGAAGAGGAAGAAUGAGACGCGCAGCCGUACCUCCUCAGACCCGUCCAUAGGCCAGGGCUACAACCUUCGAGAAAAGGAUUUAAAAAAACUUCACAGAGCUGCUUCAGUCGGGGAUUUGAAGAAGCUGAAGGAAUAUCUUCAGCUCAAGAAAUACGAUGUAAACAUGCAGGACAAAAAAUACAGAACACCUUUGCACCUGGCCUGUGCGAAUGGACAUAGAGAUGUUGUACUUUUCCUAAUUGAGCAACAAUGCAAAAUAAAUAUCCGGGAUAGUGAAAACAAAUCCCCAUUGAUUAAGGCGGUACAGUGUCAAAAUGAGGAUUGUGCUACUAUUCUUCUAAACUGUGGUGCAGACCCAAAUCUGAGGGAUAUUCGUUAUAAUACUGCUCUUCACUAUGCUGUUUGUGGUCAGAGUUUCUCAUUAGUUGAACAACUGCUUGAUUACGAAGCUGAUCUUGAAGCGAAAAAUAAGGAUGGUUAUACUCCACUGUUGGUUGCCGUUAUUAACAAUAAUCCAAAAAUGGUAAAAUUUCUUCUGGAGAAAGGGGCUGAUGUGAAUGCUUCAGAUAAUUAUCAAAGAACAGCCCUUAUUCUUGCUGUCAGUGAUGAACCAACACGUUUAGUAAAGCUUCUUCUUCAGCAAGGUGUGGAAUUAUCUUGCCAAGAUAUUUGUGGAUUCACAGCUGAGGAAUAUGCUUAUUUCAAUGGUUUUACUAUAUAUCCACAAUUCACUGCAAGUCAUGGAAAGAAGAAACAUGUUAAAUAGACACCUUAUUCUUGGCACUACAUGUGACUAAAGGAAGAUAUGGAACCCAUUUCUACAAUUUCUUUGCUGCUUCCUUGAAUUGGAAAAAUAUAUUUUGAAAGAACCAUUAAGUGAACUAUUUUAACAUUUUUGCUGACUACCCAGUUGAAGAAAAGUUUGUUAAAUGGAUGGGAUUUUUUUUUUUUUCACAUUAGAAGACAUGAAGAAAUUUUAAAAGAUAAACAUCUAUAUUGUGAACCAUCAGCCAAAAAGAUAUAAUUUGUGUUCAACAUAUAGGCAGAAAAAAAUUUGUGUCAAAAUAUUGAAUGGAAUAAUAAUGAGUAAACUGUGUUAGGCAUGCAUUAAAAUAUUUAAAUAAAAUAAAAAUACAUUUCAGCUACAAAA